AUGGAGAACCUCAUUCAGUUCGACUCAAAAGGGAAGUUGCGAAAACAAAUAACUACCAGCAGAAGUUCAUAUGGCUAUCAUACUGUCACUAAGGAGGGAGAAAUGCUGUAUGCAGAAAGAGAAAAGAAGGCCAUUUUCAGACUCUACACCGAUAUGGCGGCCAAAAAACUAAUCGGCACAAUGUGCUGGGAACCACACUCAAUAUACACAUCUAAGACAAACGGAGAUAUAAUUGUAGGUAUGGCACAUGAUACGGACUGGGAAGUGAGUAAAGUUACCCGAUAUAGCGCAGAAGGGAUAAAGUUACAAGACAUACAGAAGAAUGAAAACGACGAAAAUCUCUUCAAAAGUACCCGCUACAUCACAGAGAAUAUAAAUGGGGAUAUCUGUACCUCAGAUACUAGAGGAGAAAAAGUGGUAGUUGUGACAAAAUCAGGAAAGCACCGAUUCCCUUAUGAUGGACACCAAGCCCAAACAGAAUUUCAACCAUGUGGAAUUUGCACAGACGUUUUGGGACACAUCCUUGUGUGUAAUGGUUUUAAUGGUUUCUGUAGUAGAUUCUUCAGCAUCCAUUUAAUAAACAAAGAUGGUAAUUUUCAGGGCUUUAUACUCGGACCACAACAAUGUCCAGCAGCCCCCAACACGCUCUGUAUUGAUGAUGAACAUAACCUCUGGCUCGGGGCUGAGGACAACUCGUCUGUCCUUGUGUAUAAGUACCUUGAAAACAAAGACAAGUGA